AUGAUCUCUUCGCGCCAGUCCUCUAUUCGACCUUUCGUUUUCUCGCUUUUGGCUUUAUCGGUGGUAUCGUCUAAAACACUGCAUCUGUUUCAACAUGCCUCCUCCCUUCCCCGGGGCCAAUUUGCGCUAUAUUUUCCGACAUUCUUCAUUUUAGAAGCCAUUUCAUGCAUAUUCGCAUGGGUUUUACUCUUCAAGUGCACGGGUCUCAAGUUUAUGGUGGGAAAUGCAGUUACAGUAGCAACCACUAUGGGCCCUGACAACAACAGACUUUUGUGCUUCACUUUGUGCUCCUCCCAAAUCGGAUUCUACUUUGUUACUGGCAGUGAGAUCCGGUGGGACGCCGCCACAACUGUGGGAAAUGAUCCAGAAGGCAGGAAGUUAAUGCUUAGCGGUCUGAGGUCAUUCCUCGGAGCUGCAGGUAUAUUGUUUGUUGUAUCAUGGUUGCUCAAAUCUUGGAUAUAUACAGUGAUGAACUGUUGGUUUUCUGCGCUGUCUAGAGUUGAACAGACUGAGAAGGCAGACGAAGAGACUCUUGCUACUUCGCAGAGAAAGCCGCGCGCAACCCGGCUCGCUCAACUGUGGACUUUUCUGGCUCUUAUAUACAUUGGUCUGUUACGCUUUGCUCGGCCUCAAGUACCUUACAACCAUAUGUCAGGCGCUAUUCCAUUCACUUUUAUCCAGGCAUUGGGAUCAAGGCCAACGGAGUUACAUCAGACUGGAGACCAAGCAUUUCCAAUUCCAAGCCUAGUUGGGGAAGAAUAUUGGGAAGGUCCUCGCGAUCACUUCAAGGGCUGGACUCCAGGAAAGCAAACCGCCAAAGAUGCACAACCCACUUGGGCAUCUGGGAAGCUACCUGAAGGAUUCAGGCGCUGGGGAAAGGAGAGCCUCCAUGGUGAUAAAGAAGAGAACGCCCCUCAGACUGGAAAUCAUACUUCACGGAAGAAUAUUUACAGCCCCACGGAGGAUCCUUUGCGGAUCACAAAUCUCGACCUUGAAUUACUUGAGCCCGUGGCGAAGGCUCUCAAAAAUCACAAAAUUCCCAUCACGCAUGUCGUGCUUGUGCUGAUGGAGAGUGCUAGAAAGGAUAUAUUCCCCUUUAAAGCAGGUUCACAUCUGCAUGAAGAGAUCCUGUCAUCUUACAAGACGCAAGACCCCGAAACCAUACGAAAAGCAAAUACCAAACUAUCAAAGUUGACUCCAAUUUCUGAGAAGAUUACCGGCGAAGCGAGUGGCUUCUCAGUGCACAAAAAUGUUUCUACUGAUUCUGGGGAUCAAUGGUGGGACGCAACUGGGCCAGAAAUGGGUGGAAUCAACUUCAACGGCAUCCUGACCGGCAGCAGUCUAUCAUUCAAGAGUGCUGUGAUGAACUACUGUGGUGCAGGCCCACUGCCAGUUAAUUUCAUGGACGAGGCAAAAUCUGAGAAUUAUCAACCUUGUAUCAUGCAAGUCUUGGAGUUGUUCAACACGCUCAAAGAAAAAACGACUUCAAAACGCACAUAUAUCUCCAGCUCUGGGCUGGAGCACAUCCACGGCCGCAACUGGAGCUCGGUAUUUAUGCAGUCUAUUACAGGACUUUAUGAUGAGCAAGACGUGCUCAACAAGAGGAUGGGGUUCCAAGAAGCCAUAUAUCGCGAGGAUAUUGAUCAGCCCAGUGCGAAGCAUUACCACAAGGGCAUGGAAGAAAUAAACUACUUUGGAUACCCGGAAUAUGAAAUAUACCCUUACCUGAAAGAUGUGGUCAAUUCAGCGAUCGAGAAAAACGAGAGACUCUUUUUGUCACACUUCACAAGCACAACUCAUCACCCAUGGGGUACACCCAAAGAUUAUCACGAGGAACAGUACUUCUCAGACGAAGGCCUCGUGGCCAAGCACGAGGACAUGAACAAAUACCUCAACGCGGUUCGAUACGUCGACACAUGGCUCGGCGAUAUAAUGAAAGUGCUCGACGACUCUGGCAUUGCAAACGAGACACUAGUUGUCCUCGUGGGGGACCAUGGCCAAGCAUUCCCCGAAGAUGCCCCAGUAUCCGGGACCUAUGAGAACGGACACAUCAGUAACUUCCGUAUCCCCUUGGUCUUUCGGCACCCGCUAUUGCCCAGGCUUCAGAUCACAGCCAAUGCAACGUCAAUGUCUGUUGUGCCAACCAUUCUCGAUCUACUGGUCAACUCCGGGUCAUUGAACGACAUGGACUCGAGCGUAGCUCUAGAUCUUAUGAACGAAUAUGAGGGACAGUCACUAAUCCGCCCAUACCAAGCUACCCACAAUGGCCGUCAAGCAUGGAAUUUUGGCAUCAUCAACCCUGGAGGAACAAUGCUCAGUGUUGGGUCCGCGGCAGUUCCGUAUCGGCUCAUAUUGCCACUCAGCGAGGACUUCGAGUAUAUGUUUUCAAAUUUGGAUACAGAUCCAGACGAGCUGAAUCCAUUGCAUGGUUGGUCUUUGGAGGAAUUAAUUGGUCAUGUACAAAGAAAACAUGGAGACGAGGCCGGGAAGUGGCUAUCGGAUGCCGAGAAAGUGGGGAAAUGGUGGAUUGAAGAGCAGAAGAGACUGUGGAAUUAUCAAUAA